AAAGGACGCCAGAGUGAAACGGAACGUUGUGUUUAUUUACGUCUACGUGCUAUAACUAAUCAGACGCAAAUCGCACUAGUCACUAAAAAUUCGUAGUGUAAUCAACAAAUAAAAGUUUUAACAAAUGUCUUGGUAUACACCUUGGUCUGAGGGCAUUAAAAAAAGAGCCUGUAGAUAUUUAUUACAGCGUUACCUUGGCAAUUUUCUGGAAGAAAAACUUACAUUAGAACAGCUGAACGUCGAUUUGUACAAUGGAACUGGUACCGUUUUGGAUGUUAGCCUUGAUUGUGAGGCUCUCAAUGAGCUCGGAGAUUCGAUGAAUUGGCCAUUUGAGAUAAUAGAUGGGCAUGUAAAAGAAAUAACUGUGACCAUCCCCUGGUCGACGAUAUUUAAAGAUGACUCUGUCGUGGAAAUCAAUGGCCUCACACUAUCAGUGCAGCCGAAAGUACGAGCUGAACCAGUGGCAUCUAUGCUGGACUCGAUGUGGUCUUCGAUGUCGUCGUCUAUGCAGUUAGCAGCUGAAUGUUUACAAGAAGAGACGAGCCCCCAAAAUGCUAAUCCCUUAGAAGGCAUUGAAAUGUUCGCGCAUGCCAUAGAUUCAAUUUUAAGCCGAAUUAAAAUUAAAUUCACUAACACGAAGGUGAGAUUGGAGCAUGUUUCAAAAACUAGUGAAAGGGGAAUCGCACUAGAAAUACUACUAAAGAACAUUGAUUAUUACGACGAGACUGAAGUCAUUAAUGAAAACAGUUCUGCUAGUGAAAAAACUCCCGAAGCGACAAACGAAUCAACGAAGACCUAUACAAAUGUAACUUACUUAAAAAAAAAACUCCGAGUAAAAGGUGUCACAUUCUACAUUCACGAGUUUUUAACAAAAUUACGUAAUGCUCCUUGUUAUAAAAUGGACAAGUCAGUAUCCUCCCAGAAUUAUCAAAGUACAAUUUCUGAUAUUUUCUAUGAAGCAAGUAGUGGUGAAAAACUAAGCGAUGCUCCUAGAGCAUCCACACCCGAUGAGAAAGUGGCCCAAACUGACCCAAUAGUCUUGGCGAAAAUUUUGGGUGAGCAAGAAAUAUAUAUAAGCAUAAAACAUCUAGAGGAAGUUGAAGGGGCGAAGAUAAACAUUAAGAUCUCUCUGGCAUCGCUGAUCUUACUUAUUACACCUGAUCAAUUGAAUUCAUUAUUAGAACUUUUUGAUAUUUUAAGUCAACCAAAUUCGGAGGAUACAAGCAAUUUACCAAUACGAUAUUCUAACACGCAAUGUAAACAAAUGAAGUCUAAAGACUUUCACUUUAUCGAAGCCCAACUACUGAGCAACUUCAACAAACAACACUCAGCACCUCCAGGUCCGUUCGGCUGGUCUGGACCGAGUUUCGAGGACAAUGACGAUGAAGGGGAUAAGUUUCACCCAAUGACGUCACAAGACGAUAUGCCUAAAAGUUUAACCUCAUCGGUCAGCUCAAUGAGUACAAGCGUGACAUCCAGUGUCAACAUACCAUCUUAUCAGCCGAAGGUUACAAAAAACAAAAAAGUGCCGAACAUAGACGACGAUCCUACAGCUGAAGUUUCUCAUAUAAACGUCAAAAUUGCAUCGGUUUCUUGCGUUCUUCUUCACAAGAAUAUCGUUGUUCCAAUGCCAAUAGGAACCCCUUAUAUUUCUACAGCAUCUGCUUUAAAACUUCAAGAGAUUUCAACGGAGUUUUUCAAUCGCAUUGAAACGUUAGGUAAAAUCGAUGAAAGCAAUGAUAUAACAACAAUAAAUGAAGCAUUGGACAAAGGGACUGAGAGAGAUCACUUGAGAAUACUUCUAACAGAAGUGAAUCUAGAUGGAAGUGAGAGGAUAACGUCCCGCGGAAUUAAGACCAUGUUCGAGGCAGAUGUAAAGAGAAUGCUAGUAAGAGAGUGCCUCUACUACCAACGAGAAGACCCCGAGGACACGACACCACAGCAUUUUGAUCUCAUAUGGUUCGAGCAUCCAGACGAUGAGAGUGAUGCAGCGGCAGUAAAACCAGAUGUAACAUUAAUUUUUAAACAUACUUCAAAAUAUAUGCGGAUAUCUGGUGAGAAGCAACCAGCUAAUCCCACUACUGAUGUUCUGGUAAAAUGCUCACCGUUUUACGUAGAUGUGGAUCUGACAUUAGUAGAGCGUAUGUCUGCUACUUUCUUCGGUCCUUCUACGGCUGCUACCUCUACUACUCCGCAAACAAAGAACCAGACGAACAUUUCAAUUCAGAGUCCUAAACUUAACGUGAUACUGAGGUUCCCCGUGGCGGACGUGCGGCCGGGCGCGGCGGGCGCGGCGGGCGGCGCGCGGCGCGUGCGGCGCGACUGGCUGCGGGCGCGCUUCGACAACGCCGCGCUGGACACGCAGCGCCGCGCCGCCGCGCCCGCCGCCUACACCCUCAAGGCCACCAACCUCGACCUCUACUACCACGAAAAUGAAAAUCUACCACCGACACACAUAGCACAAUCCUGUAUGGACGUCGCUUCAUUGGAAGAUAACAUUCUUAGUAGCAACACCACGAACACGACACAAGCCUUGCCAAUGAUAUCAUUAACAAUGAAGCCCCGUGAGCCCAGUAACAAUUUCUUUGAAUCUUUACAAGAGGAGACUCACUUUGAACCAACUGCAAGUAACCCAAUGACGACAUCCGUCUAUAUGAUGGACAAUUUACGAAGCUCACGACCUAGUCCAUUUAGUGGGAAGAAGAUGGUGCAUCAAAGCCUAACAAAAGAUGAAAAUGACAAGAAGGAAGAAGAAAUUAUAGUGCCCGGUACUGAAGAAGAAAUGACAGAGUUCACCAAUGAUUCUGUGGAACAUUCCGCUGUACAUCUUGAUUUCAAUUUGCCAAUCCUCAGUCUACAGAUAGAAUCGAAACAUCUCUACGAGAUAAUCUACAACCGCAUCAACUCCGACCUGCUGCUGUGGGAGCCCCAUCUAGUGGACGAAUUCGACAUCAGCCCGCACUUACCUAUACAUCCUACCUUUGGAGCGUGCAAGGGAAUGGGUUAUGAUUCCGACACAGAAAGUACAGCAUCCGAUGACGACAAGUUAUUCAUCUCGACGCAUGAUGACAAACUAAGAAGAAUUCACAGGAAGCUUUCCGAAAAAGAAACAGACACACAUAACUUCUGUCUCACCCUCAAAGUUGGUAAAGGGUUGAUGACAAUUUUCGCUCCGGUUAGGGAUUCAAACAAGCGAGUUGUACCGGGUCAGAUGGGUGAACUAGUCCUGAACGCAGACAAACUAUCGCUAUGUCACGUGAGCGGACUCAACGGACGGUCCAAAACAGCAAGGCUAUCUCUGCGAGCUGGGAAAACUGUACUUUACCAUGAACCUAUCCUCACAAUACCGUCAGAAAAACCUAAACUCCGGCUAUAUGGCACAACUCUGCCAUCAUACUUAAAAACUACCAUCUACCCCUCUGGCAAAGGGGUAAUCAUAAAAGAUAAUUUGAUGGAGAAAGACAUGUUCACCAUGGCUCUUCGGAUUGACCCUAAAAUCGACACACCAAAUGCGAAGUCGCUGUGCAUAGCGCUGAGCGUGGAGCAGGCGACGCUGCGGCACCGCGGCGCCGCGGGCGCGGCGUGGCUGGCGCAGCUGCUGGACGUGCUGGACGUGCUGGACUACCCCGUGCCCGGCUACGCGCCCGGCGCCGUCUUCUCCGAGCUGCACGCGCACGUGGCCGACUGCGCCGUGGACUACCGGCCACUGUACCUGCCAAUAAGAACUAUAUUGACCCUGGGUAACUUUAGUUACUCUAGUAACAUAAUCCCAGAAACGAAUGCGUCUAUACUUCGGUUCUUGGCGCAGGAGUGUACACUGUUCCUCUCACACCAAACAGAGAUGAAAUGUAACACUCGUGCACUACAAGAAGAUAAGAAGCCGCCUAAUAUUCACAAAGAUUAUGUUUGUGUUGUUGACGUUGGUUUGUUUGAACUUGCGAUACGGACGGAGGAUAAGAAUAGUCAUUCGAGACAACAACCGCAAGUGGAACUCACGGCGUCCAACAACAUGGUCAACAUAUAUACCUGUUGGGACUCCGCUUCAGCGCUGUGCCGGCUGGUCACGUACAUCGCCACCGAUGGGGACUCGCAGCCGCCCUUGGAGAGGUCGCGGCAAACCAGCAUAUGCUCCGAUCACGGGGUAGAAACUUUAGUGGGUUUGGACGAUCGACCUGUUGAAGAAAUACUAGAAUUAUCCCCUAGCGAGAUGCAACAAGUGAAUAAUUUAAUGGAAGAAGCGAUGAAAGAGAGCCCAAACAGCACUUUGGACGAAGAUGAUUUCAACAGUUCGACGGAAAAAGAGGGUGUUGAAGUUUUCUUUUUCCCCGACGAGGAAAAUGUAAAACAAAAGAAAAGAAGUAGUAGUUUGAGCGUUGAACCUGGAUUACAGUCCGCUGAAUAUGACGAAUGUCCUCCGGUAAAUAAUCCGGACAAUUCAAAUAUAUCAAGGGAUUUGGGAAACUCAACCUUAACUCCAAAAUCAACACCACGCAAAUCGAAACGAUCUAAAAAGAAGAAAUCAACUGGAGAAGACAAAAACACUGACGAUGAGUACUGUAUAGUAGAAGAAAACUUCUACUCUGAAGACGACGAAAUGGCUGAACCAGUAGUGAAGUGGAUCAAGGAAUCUUAUAUGGUAGAUGGCUAUUUCGCUGCAAAGGAAAUGAAGGCAGAUGUUCUACAAGCACCCAAAAGUUUUCCCCUACCGACCACUAGGUAUACGCUGUGUGAACUAAGCGUUACAUGGAAUUUGUUCGCUGGAAACGAUUUUCAUCAGACGAGUGACACAACUUCCACGAAGAAAACAGUCAGCAUCGACGACACGCGAAGACACGGUUCUCCGACGGUCCCAAAACGCGGCCCGGAGCAGGAGUACGAGGCGGGCCGCGCCGUCACGGCCGCGUACCGCGCGGGCGGCGUGCGCUACGCGGCGGGCGCCGAGCGCGUGCGGCCGCCGCCCGCCGCGCGCCGCGACCUGCGCACGCGCGGCGGGCCGCGCCGCGACCACCGCAACUACGUGCGCCUCUGCCUCGGGAAGGUUAAAUUCCAGCAUGAGGUUUAUCCACAAGGGGGAACGUAUGCUUCUAGACAGACAUUAGCUAUCGCUAAGGUCGAAGUUCUAGACAGAAUAUUGUGUAGUGAUAUAAAUAAGCUACUGAGCCAUCACACACGCAAAGACGAGCCUGAAAGGAUAAAUGCCCACAUGCUGGUAAUAAAAGCUGUCCACCUCCGAGUCAACUCCGCAGUGCCGACUCAAGAGUGUUGCCUCAAGAUUUCUCUCUUGCCGCUAUGGAUAAACCUGGAUCAAGAUACAAUGUCAUUCAUUGUUAACUUUUUCAAUAAACUUGGAUCAGAUGACGUGAAUGACGACGACACAAAAAGCUUGGGCGGUUUGUCGACGGAAACUACCGGAUCCCGGCAGACGACGCCUACACACCGGCCGCCCGUCAUGAGCCUGGGCAGUGGACUCCGCGACCCGCCGCCCACGCCCACCUCAAUCGGUGACGCGGACUGCCUCUCGCUCAACGAAUCUGUGAUGCCUGAUAAUGAACCGAUAAUGGAAAAUUAUGAAGCAGAACGUCUAGUAUCUAACAACCUGAUACAACUAGAGGAAGACUUCCAGCGCUUGGGCAUUGAUCAAGAAAAACCCCCAACUAAAGUACCUGAUUCGGAGCCAACAGAUAACUCGCCAAUAUACUUCCGGCGAAUAGUGUUCUCUCCUGAAGUACCAAUCCGGUUGGACUACGUUGGAAAACGUAUUGACGUUACAAAAGGAACAGUGACUAGUCUGAUCAUGGGUCUCGGAACUCUCCAAUAUUCAGAAAUGACUCUGAAAAGAAUUGAUUAUAGAUAUGGUCUCCUCGGCUAUGAAAAAUUGAUUCAAUAUUGCGUAUCUGAGUGGCUGUCGGAUAUCAAACGCAAUCAGCUGCCCGGUCUACUGAGUGGCUUGGGUCCGAUGCAUGCAGUUUUACAGAUCAUAACGGGCAUCUGCGACCUGCUGUGGCUGCCGGUGGAGCAGUGGCGGCGCGACGGGCGGCUGGUGCACGGCCUGCGGCGCGGCGCCGCCUCCUUCACCGCGCGCACCGCCGUCGCCGCGCUCGACAUCACGGCGCGCCUGCUGCACCUCAUACAGGCUACCGCUGAAACGGCAUGCGACAUGUUGACCCCGAGCCCGACGCUACUGGCAUUACGAGAGCGGAACCCGCGACGACGACGAGACUCACGCCCGCCCGCCGACAUCCGAGAAGGGGUCAAUAGUGCUUACAACACUGUCAGAGAGGGGAUAGCGGAGGCGGCGGCGACGAUGGCGGCGGCGGCGCGCGACGGCAGCGGCGCGGGCGUGCUGCGGCACCUGCCGGGCGCGGCCGUGGCGCCGCUGGCGCUGGCCGCCGCCGGCGCCGCCGACCUGCUGGGCGGCGUGCGCGCGCACCUGGCGCCGCACGCCGCGCGCGACCACGCCGACAAGUGGCGCGCGCCGCCGCCCGAUGCUGUUGAUUAAGAUAUGGUGUAAUAUUAGCAAUUCCAGUUACAAAAUAGAUAUAUUUUUAGAAUAAAUAAAAGACUCAAUUUUCUUUAAAAAAAA